AUGGCAGAGUUGAGGGCUGAGACGCAACACGGCAGCCUGUGGUCCAACUAUGGAAACCCCGUACCCAUGACCAACCGGUACCCUCACGACCCGUCGGUAUCAGUACCGCCACCACCAACAUCUUCGCACCUUGUGCGCCCGAGGAGUCACCACACGAUGGACUAUCCGCCGUACCAGCCGGGCCGGCCUGGCCAGGAGGAGGGUGAGCCGUACGACAGAUACCCGCACCCGUCCAUGAACAUACCCAGCAUCAACAGCCUGAAGCGCCCAUACUCGCAAGUGGACCAGGCGCCAUACACGGAGAUGGUCCAGGACCUGCGGGACGACUACAAGCCGCCAAACCACGACCAGAAGCUCCUGUCGUUCAAGAAGGUGGGGGACAAACACACCAUUGUAGACACCAAGGGCCGGAUCCACGAGAUGGAGAUCGACGCGCAGCUGCACGGCAUGUUCUUUCUCUCGGAAUUCCCCUCGGCGACGGGAGACGGCAACGGGCUGAACGCCGAGUUGACGUGCUACCGGCGCAACCUGUUCCAGAUCAGUGGGAGCCUCUGCUUCCCCCAGAUCCCGCUGUCGGUGCUGCUCGAGUCCGGCGAGACGAGCCAGAUCAAGAACAUGGAGGUCAGCAUAUCGGCGAUUGAGUCCGUUGACGGCCACCCGGUGCGCCUGAUUGUGAUUCCCUGGAAGACGCCGCCGCCAAACUCGCCCGAGGCCAAUCAGGCGCCCGACCAAGAGCCGCCCACUUUGCCCCUGAUCCCGCCGUCUGAGGAGGAGGAUGAGACGGGGGGUGACCAUUACGCCAUCUACCCGAUCGGCUGGAGGAGGCUGCAAUUCAGGAUAGCGACUGCAAACAAUGGGAGAAGGAAAGAGCUGCAACAACACUUUGUGCUUCAUCUGAAACUUCACGGAACGCUGGCCAACGGGCAGAAACUGGUGCUCUCGGAACUGACGACAGCACCGAUCGUCGUGCGAGGGAGGAGCCCGCGGAACUUCCAGGCUAGAAAGGAGAUCCCGUUGCUCGGAUCAAGUGCGGGUUCGCGAGGACAGACCCUGGUCGAGACGGGCCAUGGCAUCGUUGCGCAAGCCGUCAUCCUCAACAAGCCCCCAUACGACUCUCGACCUCGCCUGUCGAGCCUCGAUGUUCCCAGAUCGGCUUUCACAUUCACUGCGCCGAAGCAAAUGCCGCAGAGUCCGAUGCAGAUGCGAUCCAACUCCUACCCAACAACAUGGAACCCAACCCCGCAAGUCUCAAUGCCUCAUACCACCGGAGCAGCGACCUAUCCAACCUCGACCAUGCCGCCGGACCCGUACCCCAAGAUGCCCUUGUCCGGGGCGCCGACCUUUACCGCCGAGCCACAAGACAUGCCCCUGCAACCCACCUCCAUGGGCUCUUCGGUUCCCCUUCCGCUCGCCUCCCCGCACGACCCGCACCAACACCAUCACGCCCAACAACCGCAGCCCCCUAUCCGCACGCAAUACGCAACCUACACGUCGGCCCCGCCACACCACCUCUCCCUGUCCACCACGACCGGCGCUGCGGGCGGCCCUUCCCCAGACACGUCGAACCUCGCCGUACCCCGCUACAUAGGCGACGCCGGUAACCCGCGCCCAUCCAAGUCGCCGCGCCACGCAAGCCACCAGUCGGUCGCCUCGUCCAUCUCCAACGACACGGCGUCGGGCGAAUACCGCUACGGCCCGCCGCCGUCGCAACCGCAGCAACAGCAUCAGCAAGCGCCGCAUGGUGGUCCAUACUCGGCUGGUGCGUCGGAAGUGAGUCCGCAGUCGCAGCACCCGUCUCUUCCGCCGCUGCAGGACCAGGCCGCGAACGGCGCUGCUUCGCAGCCUGGAAUUGGGGUAGGAAGCGGUGGAGGAGGAGGAGGACAGGCGUCCUCGGGCAGGGAUUACUACACUACUACUGGUCCUGCUCCUGGCGGAUGGGGGCCUGCUCCUGGCGAUCACGGGGCCGCCGGCGCACCCGGACAGGGCGGGGAUAGGCCGUAUGGAUAUCCCGCUGGUGCUGCGGCGGGUGCUGCAGCGGGGGGUGCAAGUGUCAAGACGGAACCGCAUGCUGCUGCUGGGGGCUCGGCUCCCGGGACCGGGUAUGGGUAUGCUUGGAACACGGCUUGA